UGUACCUUAAAUUCAUGGCUGACAAAGAGAUCCCUUUGUGGGCAAGGGAGAAAAACAAGAGACAAGAAGUGGCUCAGAGUGUGGGUGGCUUUAUCCUGGGCCUUGCCCUGGCUACCAGUUAUGGGCUUCUGGGUCUGUUGUUGCAGGGGCGUAGUCCUUGGACCUGCCUAGUGAUCACUCUCUCUCUAGCUGUCUUCUUGGGCCUAGGUAUGGGCUUUUCCAGCUCCGUUCGCAUCACUGUUCUGCUGCUGUUGCCUCAGGCCUUCUCCAGACAAGGCCGGACACUGCUGCUGAUUGCAGCCUUCGGGCUGGUUAUUCAGGGCCCCUGUGCCAACAUUAUCAGAAACUUCAAUAGGGCAAGUGAUUCUGUGGCUUGUGGGGCAGAGCUGGCUCUUAACCAGAGUGCCGAAGUGCUUCAGAGGGCCCAACAGCCCCUCCUCAGUGCCCUGAAAAAGAUCAAGGCCAUUGCCGGGAAAGCCAAGGAAGUGGCUGACCGGAUCCGGAAAUUCUUCCGUGCCAUCAUGGAUGGUGUAAAGCACGUGGUCAGGGCCCUGCGGAAUGUGUGGUACUGGCUUUUGCACAUCGGUGAUGUCUGCAAUUCUGAGCUAGGCUCACCCUAUGGGAAAUGUGCCAGGAUCUUUGAUGACGCCAAGAAUCACUGCAUGAAGGCAGUGCCCUUCUUCUACCACCUCUGCUAUGUCCUCAUGCCUUUCAAGCUGCUACUCUGUGGUCUGGCCAGUGUGGCUCAGCUGUUCUGCCUCAUCCCCCACUACAUACAGCCAUUCUUGCGUUCCACCAUUGGUACCCCGGUGAUUCGAUUGAUUAACCGAGUGCGUGGUGAGUUUGAAUUCAACGUCACAGCCUCCCAUCACUUCAAAGUGAAUCUCAACUCUUCCAGAAGCCUGGCUCAGGUAGCCUUUGAUCUUCAAGAGGCUGUCAACCUGAAGCUACAUCCAAUCAGAGAGACCCUGGCCCUGCUUGGUCAUACCACUCCACUACUGUUUGUUUUUCUCUAUCUCCAAGCCCUCUUCUACCGCUAUUAUUACCUGACUAAGGACAACUUUGAUAACAUCUAUAUAACUAACCGCUUCAUGCGUAUGGAUGCCAUUCGGAUCAAGGCUGGUCUGCCUUCAGUCCUGCCCCUGAGCUCCAGGGAGCAAAGCCGAUAUAUCAAGCCAGGUUCCUUAUACCUAUCUAGGAUGGAGCGGAUACAUUAUACUUUGGCGGCCUUCACCUUAAUCCGACAUCUGCUAGUAGUAUUUAUACUAGUGGUACUGGAUUAUGCCAUCUUCUGGCUUCUGGAUCUGGCUCGCUAUUGGCUGCAGGGGGAGAUCGUGGCUCGAAACCCUGUCUUGGUGUCGGUGACUGUACAAGGGACAGGGUAUGUUGGACAGAUCUACCGUGACCUAGUGUCUGUGUUUGACAUCCUUCAGCGAGGAAAUAUCACCAUUCUAUCUCGUCGCUGCCUCCUUCGUCCAUCAAAACCAGACCAAAGAAACUAUUUACUCAUCGGCCUCAUGUACGGGCUGUGUUUCUUUGUUACCCUCUUUGGCACUUAUGUCAAACGAACGAGUCGGAUCAUCUGUGCUUAUUACUACCCCUCCCGGGAGCAGGAGCGGAUCUCCUUCUUGUACAACAAACUGUUGACCCACCGAUCCCACUUGUCUACUUCUCUGCUGGGGGCAGUGAGGCGCCGGGCAGCUGACCAGGGGCACACCAACAUCCUCCUUAUCCUGGCUGCCAAGUUCCCCCGCCUAGCACCACUGAUCGGUCGUCUGGGAAUACAUGAAACCUACUGUCUGGGCUGUGGGAGGCCUCAAAAUGCGCAGGAGAUGGAAGACUUUGUUUCCUGCAGCACCCCAGGUUGCAGAGGCCUCUUCUGCAGGUCCUGCUUCCAACUCCUGGCUAACACCUGCUCGGUGUGUGCAGCCCCCCUGACUCCCGAGGGGGACCUGGAUCUGGAGCUGGACUCAAGCGAUGAUGAGCGUCCCCGCUUGUGGCUGGCUUCAGCCCAAAAACUGAGCAAGGAGAAGCGAAGGGGGCUUGAGAAGAAGCUGAAGGCUCUCCUGGGCAAGGCCAGGUUCAAGAAGCUCUUCUCUAAACUCGAUUCAGCCUGUGGCUCUGGCGGUGACCAAACAGAUUCUGGCUGUGACCAACGGGAGAACGAGGGUGAGGUCAGUGGUGAUGAAGCUGCAGACAAACUGAAUCCGUCCCCACAGUCUGCCCCUACUCCAUCUCCUUCGGUCCAUAUUCCCAUUCCCCCUCCUCCACCCCUUCCCCAGAAAUAGCUAUGGACUCCUCAGCUUCCCAGUCCCUGGUCCAUCCCCUUCGAACCAGCCUGUUCUCAGUCUCCCACCCCCAUUAAAGAAGGAAGAGACCACCAAGACAA